AUGGAUACUUUGUUGACGACUGCUGGCUCCGUCUCCCCGCUAUCACAAUUGCUCUUAUUUGUGUACAAGCUUCUAGGAGCACAGUUUGGCAUCGACCCCUCCUUGCUUUUGACUGCGGUUGGUUUUAUAUGGGGUUUCUCCAAAAUAUUCAAUCAGGUCUACUUCUACCUGGAAUCCGUUAUCCAGCGUUUCCUCAUGUGCUCCGUACAGAUAAGCGAGGAUGAUCACAUCUACGACCAUGUCAUGAAGUUCCUGGCGCAGCAUCCCUCCCUCAAACGCAGCAAGCAGCUCACAGCACAGACAGUCUACCGAAGCGCCUGGGAUGAUGACGACGAAGAAGAGGAGGAAGGAAAGGCUUUAUUUCUUACCAGUGGCGGUGAUGAUGAGACUACGGACAACCGAUAUCUCAAUUUUUCUCGUCAGGCUGCCACCUCGCCACCUCGCUACAUUCCGGGCUUGGGGCGAACGGGCUUCUGGUACAAGAGCACAUACUUUCGACUGUUCCGGUUCAAGGAAUCUUUUGCCAACAGCGGCGGUUGGGGUCCUAUGAAGGACGUCGAAUCUGUUGAGAUUGCGUGCUACGGAAGAUCCAUCGUUCCUAUUAAAGAGCUGCUGGCGGAUGCCAAAGCACUGUACUGGAAAGACAUGGCGCAGAAGACGACCAUCUAUCGACCGCGUUCCAAAGAAUUGCGCCGCGACUACAACAUGUGGCAGCAGGUUGCUCGACGGCCCGUUCGUCCGAUUCGCACCGUCGUUUUAGACAACAAGGAGAAGCACAACGUGCUAGCCGAUGUCAACGAAUACCUUCACCCCGCUACCCCACGGUGGUACGCGUCUCGCGGUAUCCCGCUGCGCCGUGGCUAUCUCUUCCACGGCCCCCCCGGUACUGGCAAGACUAGCUUUUCGUUUGCACUUGCCGGCGUAUUUGGUAUCGAUAUUUAUGUCAUCAGUCUUCAGGACGCCAGCGUUACUGAGGAGGAUCUCGCCGUUCUCUUUACAAAGCUCCCUCGUCGCUGCGUUAUUCUGCUGGAGGACAUCGACAGUGCUGGUCUCCGUCGAGAAGGAGCUGAUGCUGACGGUGAAGGCAAGGGCAAAGAAAAGGACAAGAAAAAGGACUCCAAGUCUAAAGACAAUGGUUCGGCCUCCAGCGAUAGCGAGAGUGACUCGUCGUCUGAUGAAGAGCCUGUUAAAUCGAGAAAAAAGGGCCGUCGCAGAGGUCAGAGUGAAACCCAACGAAAGCGUGGUCCUAAGAAGGGGAUCUCUCUCUCUGGUCUCCUGAAUGCUAUUGACGGCGUCGCCUCCCACGAGGGUCGCGUGCUCAUCAUGACGACAAACAAACCCGAGUCGCUCGACGAGGCACUAGUGCGGCCCGGCCGCGUAGAUGUGCAGGUCGAAUUCGGCCAUGCUAGCGCGUUUCAAGUCGCCGAGCUUUUUCAGCGCAUGUAUGAAGCUCCUCGCGUGGCCAAGAAGGCCCAGGAGAGCAGGUCCGACGGGCCCGUCAAGAAGCCCGCAGCGGCGAAGCAGAAUAAUAUGAUAUACGAGCAAACUAAUUCGGCAUACAAGAUCGACAUCGACGAGGAUGAAAUGAAGGAUAUCGCAGUCGAAUUUUCUAGGCGUAUUCCGGAGGGCAAGUUUUCGCCGGCGGAGGUGCAGGGUUUCCUGCUCAAGAGGAAAAAGAGCCCGCGCAGGGCCUUAGAGGAGGUGCAUGCGUGGGUGGAAGCUUCGUUGAAGCAGAAAGAGACCAAGUCCAAGGUGGUGAAGGUGCAAUAG